AUGGACCUAUACCUCAGCGCCUGCUCCAAGGCUGCCAGUGUUGCCGCCACCAAGACAGCCACCAGUAGCGUGGCCGACGGCAGCCAGCAGUGUGGAGAUGGCGUGCACAAAACCCACUUUCCAGGGAUCGGAGCGGCUGAACUACUGGAUCUGCCUCUUGGGGUCAAGCUGCCCAUGAUCCCAGGGAGCAAUACUUUAUUCUAUACGACGAAGUUAAGUGAAAAGCUUUUUCGACCUUCUUAUGAUUUUAACCUGAGUGAUCCUUAUUGUCGACUUUUGGGAAACCAAUAUAAAAGUCUCCAUGAUCCACACUUAAGAGCAUACCACACACGCAAAGAUAUCCUGAGGAGAUUGAAGAAAGGUGGCUACAUCACCAGCAAUAAUAAAAUUGUAUGUAACUUGAGGGAAUUGAAUAAAUACAGGCAAUAUCUUACCAGUUUAAAAAUAGACUUUGAAAGAAACUAUAUAAGAGAACAAAAAAUGCUUGCAAGACAACUUAAAAAACUACAAGAAAACAAUCAAAUGCCUGCACAUUCUGAUGUUGCACAGUUCCAAAACUGGUUGUUACAAGAAGACACCCAAUCUUUUAAGGACCAGGAGCGAUUAAUAAGACACAGGUAUUUGGAUAUGAUAAGCCGGGAGCUAGAACAACGUGAGCGCGCCGCAGAAGAGCAGCGCCUGCUCCAGAUGGACCGAGAAGAAAGACGACAGCGGGAACAGACAAGAAGAAAACUUAAUCUUCGCAGAAAAAUUGAAGAGGAAUGGAAGGCAAAGGAAAUGUUACUUCUGAGUAAGAUUGGAGAAGACGUUAAAAGAGAAGCUAGGAUAGAGGAACAACGGCGCAGAAGCAGAGAAGAGAGUGACAAGAAGAAACAAGCCCUUUUAGAGAAAAAAAUGGCUUAUCAUAUACAAAAAAUGCAAGAAAAUGGCUUUAAAAGAGACGAGAUGGAAAAAAGUACAUAUGACUACAGAGGACAGGAUGAAACACAUUCUUAUUUUCCAAAGAAGAAGAAGAAGAAUCAUGAUGAUAUUAAGACAAUUUAUCCUUCUGGUGACCAGAAAGCAAACAAAGGACCUCUGUACAUUUCACCUCAAGAUUCAGUUACUUCAGGUCAAACUUCACCCACAAGAAAUUUUCCCAGAUCUUCACAGUCUUAUUUGGCUCCUCAAAAAGUUGAGGAGUCCCCAGCCCCUGGACCAUGGGCUAAUGUCCAUGGCCUGUUUGGAACUGGGCCACACAGCAGAAGACAACAGAACCUCCUACAAAAUUGCUUGCAAAACAAAGUGACUUCUGCAGAAUUGAAUAGUACAAUUCAGAACAUAAUGACCUGGGUUGUGGCUACAGUGACCAGUAUAUUAUACCCAGCCAUCACAAAGUAUGAAGAAAGGCUGCAAUAUAAUGCAUACUCAGUAUCUGAAGAGUCAGUCCUUUCUUCAGAUAGUUCAAGUUUCUGUAGCACAUGUAGUGAAGAGUUUACAUAUGGAAGCUAUACAUCUACAACAACUAAAACAUUUCAGGAAGAGCCCCAUACCUUUGCAGUUGACAUCUCAGUAAGGCAACCACCUGCACAUUUAAAACCACCUUCUGCCCAUGUGGAGAAAACAGUUGUUGAAAAAACAUAUCACAUGAAAAGACAAUCUAUAACUUCUGAACUCAAAUGUCAUAAUACCAGCAAGAUAUAUGCACGCCCUAAACUCAGAAGUUGUAAAUCUGAUAGUUACCUUUUAGCAUCAUUUGGAAAAGGCACAAGCAAAUCUAAGGAUGCUACCACUGAAACAGAUGGCUUAGAGAGUCCACGCUUAGCUGAUCAAAAAGCAAAAGCUGAACUAAAGAAUCUAAAGAAGAUUUUUGUUAACUUUAAGUGUCACUUAAAGGGGGAAACUGAAUUGAUUUUAGAAAGCAUCUUUCAAGAAAUAAUGUCUGAUCUAACCCAGGCCAUUCCCUCUAUUUCUUCUGUUACCGCUGAAGUUUUUGUUGAUCAAAGUGAGCCUGAAAAAAGAGACUUGAUGUCCAACGUUGAUAUCAGCUCAAUAGCUUCAGAGAUCGUGGACAAUAUGCUUGAAAAGCUACAGGUUGCAGUUGAGAAAAAAUGUGUUGAGAUGUUUACACAAGAAGAGUUGUCACCCGACAUAAAUCCAAGCUUACCACCCAGUGAAGAAUAUCUCACUCCAUCAAGUGGAACACCUUUAAAAGCAUCACUGCCUUAUACUACAGAACCCAUGUGUGAUAUUGCAGAGGAUAUGGUGCAUGCCAUUCUAGAAAAGCUGAUGACUCUUGCAACUUGUAAGCAAGAUGAACUUCCUCAUCUCAAAGAUGCAACAAAACUUUUCUAUCAGCAGCAUAUGAUAGACCCAACACAUAUGGUCCUUAAAAAAACUGACAAAAAUAAAUGUAGUCCUGAACCUGAUGCAGCUAAUUUAAUUGUUAAAGAAGAAAUACAAAAUUUAAUAUCAAAUAUUAUUUCCCAGUCCUCUUUGGUUGGCUAUAUAGAAGAAGCAAUCAGCACUAUACUAGGAUAUGUACAAACUGAACUUAAAAAUGAGAGACUUAUUGCAUCUGAAGAAACAGUAGUAUUCCUCCAGCUACUCGAUGAUAUUUUCACUCAGCUACAUCAGAAGCCAGUAAAUGCAGAUGUUCAAAAAAGUAGACGCUCUAGACUGAGAAGUCUUUCUGACACUGAAGAAAAAUACAGACUAACUGGCACUAGGUUAUCUAAUGACCCUAGGUCUAGAAAACAAUUUCCACCUAUUAAUGUUCCUGGCAUGGUUCUUUAUUCUGAAGAUGACAGUGAAGAAAUAGACAAAAUUGUGAAAAAUGUGCUUGAUUCAUCUAUUAAAGAUGAAGAAGCAGUGUCACAAGAACAGAAUUCUGAAUAUUGGUUUACAAAAGGAAACACCUGUUUUGAACACAAAAGAAAAAGAAAAACACCUACAAAGCCUGCUUCUCUAAAAAGCAAAGUUGCAUUUUGUGAGGGGGGAUUAAAGACUGAGUUACCAUGUUUUAAUAAUAAAGAAAUUAUAGAGAAAAGACCCUGUUUGAAUGAAGACAUUUUAAUUUUUAGCCAAGAUCAAAAGGAUCAAAUACAAAAGGCUUCACAAAAUGUACUCAAAAGUAUUUUAGCAGAAAUGGUCAAGGAUUUAUCUUCUGUCUCUCCUGGUCACUUAGACAUUAAAACUGGCAAAGAAGCUUCAGUUCUUGUUUCAGAAAAACCUCAAGGGCUGUCACUUCAAGAAUGGACAGACCAGAUAUUCUCUGUGUCAGAAAUUAAUAAAGCAGCUCAAGAAAUAACAGAUGCUGUGUUAAAUAUACUUCACAAGGCAUCAAGCUGCAUCCCUAAUAGCGCCAAAAGUUCCAUUUCAGCAUCGGUUCAUCAAACUUCUCCCAAUAGUUCUGAUACUCCCAGUAUGAUGAAAGAAGCAUUAAGUGAAAAACCAUUAAAAAUAUGGUUUGACAGUGAAAAUAAAAUGAAAUAUUUAUCUUCACUCAACUUAGAUCCUGCAAAACCUUCCUUGUUAAAGUCUGAAGAAAAUGAACUUAAACCUAUAGAAGACACUACUGAUAACAUCAUUAAUGCAGUAUUUAAAAAGCUGAAGUCACUCGUUUAUCCAAAAUUGCAAAUGGGCUUCAAACCUUCACUUGCAGAGCAAUCUUCACUACACUCUCAACUUAGUGCUUACACAACUAAGGUAGUAAACAUUGUUUUGCAUGCUAUCCAGAAUGAAUUGGACCUCAAUAAGAAAAACCUGAAUCUUCGGGAUGCAGACCACACCAAAUCCCUUACGAGUAAAGAAUUUUGUGCUGACACUGAUAACUUAGAAUCCCUUGUCUCAAGUUUCAGUGAUGACAUUAUGGCAUCUCCAUUAUUAACUUGUAUUUGUGAAAUGUUAUCAUCAAGUGAACAUUCAAAUCAAAGCGGCACUUCACUCCCUUCAGAUAAGUCAAGCCCUUCAACUUCAUAUGGACCUGACAAGGUUGAAAAUCAAAACACUUUGCCUAGUAGGCACAAUAAAAAAUCUUUUCGCCAAUAUUUAGCUACUCCAUGUGCUCUCCAUAGUGACUUUAGUGGAAAAGAUCCCAAAGAGAAUGCAAGUGUUAGAUUGCAAGUGUUAGAUAGUAUUGGGGAAGCACUAUAUGAAAUGUUGUGUAAGCUCAUAGGAGCACAUCCUGAUGGCCAGCACGGAGAGAAAAUGGGUCAGCAAAUAGCUACUAAAUUGCAGUCUAGUAUUCAGCUCAUUUCCAAAACAAUUUUGGACUAUAUCCUUGCAAAAUUAUGCAGUGUCAACAUGGAUACUAAUUUUGCAAGUUCUGGAAUUAAAGUUGUCACAGAGUCUCUUGAUAUUGAUAGCCUGUCAUUUGAUUCAAUUAUUGAGGAAAUAACCAAAUGCACUGACAUAAUCGCCAGCAUAGUUUCCAGGAUGGUUCAGGAGAAUAAUAAAAAGAAGACUAAAAAACAGGCAAAAAUUACGACUCCUGCGUCUUCCAAAACAGGAAGCACAAAAGAAACACAGCUAAAUGAACUGAAAGCUAUGGCUUCCGACAUUCUUAAUACAGUUUUUGCUAAACUGGAAGGAUUUGCCAAUGGAAAUUUAGAAACUCUGGAUUCUACUAGCACUGAAAAUAAAAAAAGCACUAAGAUAGACUUAAAAUGUGAAAGUCCCAGUGUUUUCACAGACACACAUAAAGAGCUGUUGCAGUCUACAUUAUACAUGCAUGCAAAGAAGAUAUCAAGUACUAUUUUGAAAGCUAUUCAAACAGAAUUAAAUAUUAAUCCAUUAGAUUUGAGGACAAGUGUAAAAACCUCACCACCUGAGAAACAAGUUCUCAAGAACAUAGUCAAUUUAAUUUUAGAUGCAGUAUCCUCAGAUGUGUUAAAUGAAACUGAACCUGAAGAGAAAGACAUAGAAAAAUUUAGAUACAAACCAACUUAUGGAAACUUUCUUCCGGGAGGAGCUGAAUCAGAUUCAUUUCUAGAAGACACUGCACAGACAGAGAAAGAAUUCCCUGGAGAGAGAACAUCACUAAGAGAAGAAACUAAAUCAGAUUAUUUUAAACAAUGGAUUCUAGAAAGAUCCUUAAACAAAAUUGAAGUGAAGCUGAAAGAACCACAGAAAUCUCCACUCAUUCCCAUUAUUAGAAACAUUUUGAAUGAAAUUUUUCAAGGUGUUUUGGCCAGUCAAUUAAAUGUGCUUUCUCUCUCCCACUCCCAUUUAAGUGGUGUCCCUCACAAUGUUGAUGAGCCAAUUGCUCAAGCAUCUGUUCCAUUUACAGAUAAAAUGAUGGAUCCUUUAGUGUCUGAAGCAGAUGUAAUCAUAGUAGUAGAUGAUAUUGUUAGAACUGUGUUUCAUAAACUUUAUUCAGUUGCCAUGACACAGAGAAAUGCAAGUGAAAAUAAGUAUAAAACCAUCACCUUUUCAGCAAAUGUUUCUUUUCAUGAACACACCUAUGGACAAAAAUCCUCUAUCACUGUGCUGAACAAGAGUCCAUGUGCUGUUCAGUCCAGUAUCAAUGCCGACAAACAGGUUACAGUAAAUUUAGCUGAAGAUAUUGUUCGGGCAAUAUUAACAAAUCUAGAAACUUUUGCUACUUCCAAAGUAAAAUCUCUCUUUUGUCCCCAGAUCAACUGCACAGUUCCAUUGGCUUUACCUAUUCAGCAGGAGAACAGGACAUUGAGCCAAGUAUUAUCAGCCAAAGAUUCAUACUCUGAUUAUCAGUUUUCCUGCUGCACAGUGGAUCAUAUUAUGUCAGAAAAGACCAGUUCAUGCCAACUCUCUUUAAAUAAAUUAAAUACACAUGCAACAGAAGUGGCCAGAAAAAUUUUACAAGGAAUCAAACAUGAGUUAGACAGAGAAAAGGAAAGUCCCUUAUUAACUCACAACAUUAUGGUUCCUGAAGGUAUUGCAAGUCAAAUUGUCAAUACGGUGCUAGAUAUUGUAUCAUCUAAAAGUAAUUGUGGCAAAAACAAUUCUGACAAAGAGCUUAAUUCAGAUCAGCAAGAAGGUAUCAUUGAAAAGAUGUUUAAUAAGACUGAAUAUCGAAAUGUACUUCAGUUUCAAAUACAAGAUACCAUUGAAUGUAUCUUAUGUGAUAUUUAUGAAAAAACACUGUAUCAAAAUAAUCUCUCAUUUGCUUUGCCCACUCUGAAAUGCAGCAUAACUAGUAAACACUCUGAAGCAAAUUCUGAAAUGUACUUGGAGGGAGUAAAGAAGAUUAUUCCAAAACUUUCAGUUCCUAAAUCAGAUGUCAUUUUGAUAUCCAGUGAUGUUGUGGAUAUUGUUCUUCAUAAUCUCAGUUCUGCUGUCAUGCUUGGCAUAAAAGCAGAGGAUCCUGCUUCUGCAAGAUUGCCCCUUACCUUUCGUAACGUGUUUCCACAAGCAGAGUGUCAACCAUGUCCUCUUAUGGGGUCAAAAAGUGAAAGAAAAACAGAGCGCUUUUCAUCUUCAAGAAAUCUGAAAUCAGUUUACACUGUGGAUAGUCAGAUAACUGUAGUACAGAAGGAAGACAGCAAGAAAUCUGCUCCUGACCCAUGUGAGGAGAAUGCUAACUUCAUUACUAAAACUAUUUUUAAGCAGUUAGAAUCUUUUGCCACAAAAAGAAUAGAUUCAUUAAUAACUCUUGCUUUCCAGCCUAAAGAAAAGUCACUUGUUAGCCGGGAACUGGAAAAUUAUAAACUAGAUGACAGCAUUUUUUAUGAAUCAAGCCAAAUUGAAUCAAACAUGAAUGUCCUGAAAAUACCCACUGAAACUAUCCUCAGCCAAGAGCUCCCAGAUUCCACUCUUGCCAGUUACAGAGCAAAACUCGGGGCCACAAUUCCUCUCUCACAAGCUAGUCUUAAGGAAUAUGCUGACACUAUUGCCAGCAUUGUUUUGAAGCUUAUUAAAAAUGACUUAGACCUGGAAAUCCAGAAGGCAUACCCACAUCCAAAUGAUACUUCAUUCCAAGAAAACAUCAUUGUGAGUGACAUUGUCAACAGUAUCUUAAAGAUUUUAAAUGAUAAGAGAUCUGCAAGGGAAAUUGGUUUUUACUCAAAAGACAAUUUAUUUUCACAAUUAACUUUAUCAAAUGAAAUAUUGUUGGAACAAAGAGAGCAGGAAGAAAACACCAAAUUAUCCCUGUUUUCAUGGUAUCCAUUAGAACAAAACCAAAUGACAAUGGAAAAGGAGAGCCAGAGAAUUGUUUUGGAAGAAAUAUUUAUGAGAAAUGAAAAAUCAAAACAAAAGGAGAAAACUGCCUUGCUCAGUGCAGUGAAAGAAGUUUUAAAUAAAGUGUACCAACAAAUACUGGAAAUCAAAGGCCAUUUGCCUCCUUUUAAUGAGACCCCCUUGGCAUCUAAUUCUAAAAUUAGAACAUCAGUCAUAACACAAAAAAACUUUUCUCAACCACAUAUUAAUAGUGUAGCCAAUGACAUAAUAGAAAUUGUUUUAGGGGAAAUGUACUCUGUAGUUGUAUCAUCUCUAUAUGAAAGUAAUAAAAAAGAAGAAGCAUCUGAUAACAAUGAUACUUUACCCAAGAAACCGUUAUGUGCCACAGAAACUAAACAAGCAGGAAAAGGGAGUGAUUCCACUAGAUACAUGACACAGCAGGUUUAUCCUUAUACAGGCAAUGAAAAUGUCUCUCUAUUAGAAAACAGUUUUCUACAAUAUUCACCAUUGCAAGUGGGGAAAGAUUUGGUCCAAAUGGUUAUCAGUAAGAUUACUAAUUUUGCUUCAUUUCAUCUACAAGAUGCUUCAUAUCCUGAAGGUGGUUUGGAUGAGUUGCAACCUCCUAGUCUACAUAGUUUUAAAGUGGGCCCUAAGGGCAGCCUUCAGCCAGGGUUUAAGACAAAUCUGAAAGCAAAAUCAAAAGUUACCUCUUUACCUAAAUUUAAAACAAAACCAUCCCUAGGAACUAGCAGUGUUAAGGCCAAAAGCAAGACCAAGUUAGCACCUGGAGAGAAAACUCCGAAAGACAGCCAGCCCAAGACUGCCAUCGGGAAGUCACAUAGCCUAACAGCAAGGGAUGUCAAAAGCUUACUAGAAAUGAAACUGCCUACAUCAGAACUCAAAACAUAUGCCAAGCAUAUAAUUAGUAAUAUCCUGGAAACAACUGUGAAAGAAUUGGAAAAGGUGAGGCACACUAGAGCCAUGGUAAAUGUGAAAGCUCUACCAUUUGAUGAAAUUAUGGCAGCAAAUGAAAUAGUUAAAACAGUUUUGCAAGAAUUAUAUGCUACAAAUAACCAGAGUUUGGCUCAUCCAAUCAAACUCUCACAUCUGGAUGACCUCAGACAAUCACAGGAGAAUGCAGGUGCAGGGUCUCGUGCCAAAACACAAGCAUGUUUCUACUUGGAAAAUGUUUCUUCACAGCUAGAACAGAUUUUUCCUAAAGAUGGUAUAUUUAAAAAGAUGUUUGACAAAUGGCAAGCAGAAUCAAAUGACAUAGAAAGUGAAAAAUGUAACUUAUUGAUGAUAGCUGAAAAUGUUUUGACUGUAAUUUCAAGAAAAGCAAAAGAACUAGAAUCUUCUCUCUCACUUUUAAAUUUGCCACAUCUUAAGGAUUGUGAAAGUAAGUUCCAUAACUGUUUUAAAAGAACUUCUACCAGAGCUGAGGAUACCAAAGCACAAAUUAAUAUGUUUGGACGGGAAAUUGUUGAAAUGCUAUUUGAAAAAUUACAGCUGUGCUUUUUGUCCCGGAUGCCCAGCCGAGAGAGUAAAGAAACUGUAGCAAAUAGAAAGCGUGGUUUUCCUACCAAGGGCAGCCUCUGCAGUGAACCCAUCCACAACAUGAAUGCAAAAGACCAAACUUCUUUGGGUUCCAGCAAGCAAGUUGUCCAAGAAAUUGUAGAAAGGGUUUUAAACAUGUUAGAGUCAUUUGUAGACUUGCAGUUUAAACAUAUCUCUAAAUAUGAGUUUUCUGAAAUAGUGAAAAUGCCUAUAGAAAACCUUUUUCCUGUCCAACAGAAACAAUUAACCAAAAAGAUGUUGCCAAAAUUACAACCACUGAAAAAGUUUUCUGAUGAAUCUAAGUCAAGUACUGUUAUUUCCAAGGAGAAUGUACAGAAUACUCUUCUACGUGUUCAUUCAUUCCAUUCAGAAUUGCUUACGUAUGCUGUUAAUAUCAUCAGUGACAUGCUUGAUAUAAUUAAGAAUGAGCUAGACAAAGAAGUAACCCAAACAGAACCAUCAUCAAUUAGCGUAUUGAAUGAGAACAUUGUAGCAAGUGAGAUCAUUGGCACACUGAUAGACCAGUGUACUUAUUUCAAUGAGUCUCUAAUAAAAAAUCUUCCAAUGGAAGGUUUGUGCCCAAGAGUGGAAAGUACCUACAUUGUUAAUCAGGUUGAAUUAGCAACUAAUAUAAAAAUUCCCAUGUCAAAGUUAAAGCAAGUUAGUUUUGUGAAUAAUCCUCCACAAAUCAGUGUGCCUGGUUUGGUGUUUCAUUCUGAGGAAGAUAUGAAACAAAACUAUAAGGCAUCAUCAAAUUUAUCUUUGUAUGUCAGAGGCUCUGCAGAAGACCCAAUUAAAAGCUCAGAGCCAAUGGAAAGGCCCGAUUCAGAAAAUACAGCAACAUGCUUUAGAAACAAAGUACAAAACUACGGUGCAAGGGAAUGGCCAUUUUAUCAACCCACAAAAGGAAAUAGCUCCCUUCCUGAAGGCAGCGUCUUACAAAAACUGUUUAAGAAAGUGAAUGAAUCCACAGAAGAAUCACUAAAGCAAGGCAUGUCAUUCAUAGAAAUGGGAAAAGGUGGAAAUCCAAAAGUGUUUCAUUAUGAAGCCCAAAAACCAAUUGUUGAAACAAACCAGACUCAGACAGCUGUUUCACCACUCAAAAUAUGCUUAGCUGCAGAAAAUAUUGUCAAUACUGUGCUAUCAAGCUAUGGUUUUCCAAGUCAGCCACCCAGUAAUGAAAGCAUGGAAACAAUGAAACCAUUUUUCAUAUCAAAGCAAAACCCUGGAGGACAAAAGAAUGAGAAGAAAAGUUUGCUAGGGAUGUGGGAUAAAAGGAUCAGCUGUAUACCUGAAGAACAAAACAAAAAUUCUGAAGCGAGCAGGGGAGAUUUUUCUUUACUGCAAAAAUGGGAACAUAUUAAGCACCCAAAGAUAAAGACCCUGAAGGAAUUCAACAUCAUUGCUUUUGCUGAUCAUGAACUGGGUCCAAAUGAAAUUAAUUUGGUAGCAAGACACGUAACCACAUCUGUGGUUACCUAUUUCCAGAAUUUCAAAACUAGAGUGUCCAGUGAGAAGAUGUCUAUUGUUUCUUCACUAUCAAGGAAAGAAUAUGAAUCAAAACAGCCUCUAAGAACCAUAUACAGCGAUUCUUCACUUUAUCAAUUUUGUGAACAUCUCACUGAGUCUGUCAUUUGCCAUUUAAUUUUAAGCAUUUCUGAUAGCACCAAAGAUGGUAGAGAAAAGGAGAGAGCAUGGGAAAGCCAAAAUGUAGAGUUUAACAAGGUUAUUUUAAUUUAUUCUCAAGUGUUUGAAAGCCGGUCAAUAUCUAUUGGAGAACUUGCUUUAAGUAUUUCUGAAAUGAUUACUAAAACUCUUUUUAAUAGUAACAUUAUAGAAGCUAAUAUUGAACAGCAAAUGUGUUCUUUAAAAACAAAGUACAUUUAUUGCCCAGGAAUAGUUGCUGCUGACUUUGAUAAUCUCUUUCAGGAUCUCUUAAUAGGAGUGAUUCAUGUACUGUCAAAAAAAAUAGGAAUAACUCAUCACUUUGAAAGCAAUAGAAGAAAUAAAUCAUUUUCCAUGCUCAGAAGCAAUAGUGUGCCAAUUUGCAACAAAACAAAUACUAUGAAAACACAGAUGGGUUGCACAGAUUGGGAAUCAUCUACUCAGCAAAAUGAUUAUCUCAUUCAAAAAAAUAAAUUAAAUUACCUUGCACAUAAGUUAGGCAGGCUAGUUAACAACCUAGAAACUCGUGAAUCCAAAGAAGUAGUCAAUAAAGUCUUCAAUAUUGUUUUAGAUUUAUUUUCUCCAGAUGAACACCCAUAUGACACUGUGGAUUUUGAUAAAAAAGCAAGAACAUUUUUCUCAUCCUUGAACGAUCAGCAAAGUAAUAGAAUACUUGGAAAUAACUUAGGGCUCACUCCCAAUUCAGUUUUUCUUCUCAAUGUCGUGUGUCAGAAACUUAUUAGAACACUUUUGGAAAAAUGCACAAGCUCUGUCUUUCUUGAUAAUGGCUCUCUUACUGAUGAAAUACCAGCAGAAGAAUGUCAACUUUUAAAAAUAUUUCAAAGUGUAGAAGAUGAAAAAUUUGAUUAUUGUAAGCGAGCAAUGGACUAUGAACAUUUUCAAGGAGAUUACAAGUCAGACCUUUUGGAACAUCUGGCAAAAAUGGAUCAAGAUUUAUUGUCAUCAGACUCUAUUCUCACAAUCAUUUCCCACAGUUUGGUUAAAUCAUUGAUGGACAAACUAUGUCACAGUAUGCAACUCCCCCAGAGUCCACCUGCUGCAAACAAGCAUUUAAAAUAUAGAACAAGAGAAAUACAGUCUAGUUUUAUAAAAGCAAAAAUGCCAGAAUUAGCAGAAUUAGGACAAGGUACAGGUUCUUUAGGAUUUAUGAAUUAUGAUGGUAGUGCUUUGACAGGAUCCCCUAAUAAUACCAGUACAGUUAGCCCCAUAAUACAAGCACCAUUUGGCAAUAAGUGUUCAGUAAAUUCUUUUUCUGUGUCACCUCUUAAAAGACAGGGAACAAAGGAUAUGGAUACAAUAGCCAUCCACAAUAAGCUAAAUCUGGGAGAUAUAAAUACAGGAGUUUAUUCAGCCACAUUUUUAGAGGAAAUAAUUUCAGAACUGUUUUUUAAUCUCUCUACUUCAUUGUGGGGCAAAAAUGAAAACAUUACUGAAGCCUGGCUUAAUGAGAUAAAUACAUUAUUUGUCAACAAUGUAGUGAAUGAGUUUAAUAAUGCACAUGUCACUGUUUUACGGAAUGCUGAAGAAAGGCUAUGUUUUCCACCAGUCCAUAAAGAAACUGUUAGCAGCAUUGUUGACUCAGUUUAUGAUGAUGUUUUACAAAAAUAUAAAUCAAAGGUAACCUGUGCUGGUAAUCUGGCACAUGACAAUGCCUCAAUAGCAGAACAAAUAACUAAAUGUGUAUUAUUAGAAAGUUUGGACUACCAACUCCCACCUUGCAUCAUGGGAAAGCUCACACCUAAUUCAUAUUACCCUCUCAAAGCUGAAAUAAUACUGCAGAAACUACAAAAUAACCUGAGAGAAUUUACUUCAAAAUCCAGUUCAACAUGCUAUAGCACAAGGUUGUCCCACUCAUUUUUAGAAGAUGUCAUCAGAAGACUUCUAUCUCAACUCACUGCUCCAUCCAGGAAGACUACCUCUUUGGGGAAAAAAUAUUUCACAACUUCAGACUUUAAUGAAUUGUCUAACUGUAUAGUAAAUAAGGUUAUAUCAGCCAUUUCAAAACAUAAAAUUUGGUUCACUAUAUAUAAUAAUCAGCAUCUAUGUACAGGAAAAAACCUCGAGAACAUGGUGGAUUCUGUUUACAGUAAUAUCAUGCAAAUGUCUGACUCUCUUGUUUCAAUACAGAAAAGUAUAAUCAGCCGAAGCCCAACUAUGGUUGACCGAAUAGCUAGUUUUAUUAUCCAAGAGGUUAUUGAAAAUCAUCUUCAACCAUUUUUGUGUGAAGAAAGUUUGCCUCAUCCAAAUACUCCAUUGGAUGCAAUAUCAAACAUGGUUAAACAGGUCCUCAGUGAAGUCAUAGAGUCACAUGAACCCAAGACGCCAUCACCCAUAGGUAUUUACCCUGACAUAUUCAUCAGGGAAAUUGUUGCCAAACUUUUAUCAAAGAUUUUCAGUCCGAAGGAUAACACUGAAAUUGAGCUGGAAAACAUUGCACAGAAAAUAGUGAACUCAGUAAACAGCCAUCUUGACAAAACUAAAACUCCUGUUCUAUGUGAUGAUGAAGAGCAGUCUUACCCCUCUGUAGAUACAGACAUUGUAGAUGAACUUGUCACCUCAGUUUAUAGAAAUGUUUUAAAACAGCAUGGGCUAGACCCAGAGUUUGAUGAAGAGUAUAAAGAAAGUGAAAUUUUUGUGGAAAAUAUUACCAAUUUAAUUGUAGCAGCUAUUUCAGAUUGCCUUCUUCAUCCACUGUUUUCUGGGGAUUUGACAUCAUCUUCCCGUUCUAUUUCCACAGCUGAGAAUAUCGUUCAGGAUAUUAUUAGUAAUAUCAAUAAGUCUACCAAGCCAAAUCAGAGUUUAUCUCCAUAUAACACUUUGCUGCCUUACAAAUUUUUAGAAGACAUGAUCAGAGUAUUAUUAUCUAGAAUCUUUCCUUCUGUACCUAACAUUGUCCUGAACACAGAAUCUCUAAAAGACAGAUCAAAAGUGAAUUUCAAUGAAAUUGCUUCAAAUAUAAUCAAUGAUAUUAGGAUGAAAAUUUCUCAACAUGAAAUUCACUUCUCAAAAGAUGAAGAAGAAACCAAGUUUGUUUAUUCAGAAGAUGAUGUUCACCAUCUUGUUGACUCAGUAUUCAAAAAUAUUUCACAAAACUCUGACUCUCAAGAAUCAGUUGAGCAAAAUAUCUCAGGGAGUGACGAUGCUCUCAUUGAUAGAAUAGCAGGUUUUAUCAUUAAGUAUAUUUGUCAACACCAUCUCCAGCCAUUUCUAGAUAGAAGGUCAUUGUCUUCCUCAUCAUACAAGUAUCUUGACAAUGAGACAAGGCAGUGGUUUUAUGCUAGUGUUUAUUCUUCAACUUUUUUGGAAGAUGUGGUCUCUGGAGUUUUGUACAAAAUAUUCCACAGGGUGUUAGGCAUUGUACAAACAAAAUCAGUAAGAGACUCAGAAAAUGAACUUUUUGAUAAAGCUGAAAAGCUCAUAUAUUUGAUAGCAGAGGAAUUCUCAAAAGCCCAAGUCAGCAUUAUAGAGAAUGCAGAGGAACAAUUGUGUUUGCCUCCAGUGGAGAGAGAUGUAGUCAAAAAUAUUAUUGAUGUGGUAUUCAGCAAAGUUUUGCAAGAAUAUGACAUGAAAAUAAUGCCCAAUAAUGAUUUUCUAAAUGAUGCAAAGACAUUGGCUGUGAGGAUAACUAACAUCAUUCUGGCUGAAAUUUCUGAUUUCCAAAUUCAUCCAAAUAUUAUAGGAAAGCUUCCUUUUCAGUCACUCUCCAAACUAAAUGUUAAUGUUUUGAUAAACAGAGUUCAAUGUGACAUUACUAAAUCAAGAUUCCAAAGACAGGCAUCAACAAUAUAUACGACUAAGUUAUCACAUACUCAUUUGGAAAAAAUUGUUACUCAACUUAUAUCUCAAGUGGGUCCAUUGGCCUCCAGUGCAGAAUGCACAGAUACUUCCCAAUCAGAUUUAAGUGAUACAGUUAUAAAACUGAUAAAUGAAAUUAUAUCAAUAAUUUCAAAACAUGCAAUAUGUAUUGUCAAACACGGCAAUGAAAAACAAAGUAUGAUUUCAGAGAAAGAUAUUCAAUCCAUGGUUGAUUCCAUCCAUGCUGAUCUUUCAUAUUCAAAUGUCUACCAGUCUCUUACAAAAGAUAAAAAAGAUAUAAGUAACAUACCUGUUUCAAAAAUAGCAAGUUUUAUAAUAAAAGAAAUAUUUAACCAUCAUCUUGAGUCAUUUUCAUCUGGAGAUAAAACUUUCAUUUCAGCUGCAUUUGAUCAAAGUGAUAAACAAAAAGCGAUUAAUUCUAAACAAAGAGAGUUGUCUUUCAUAGUGAACUCAGCUGUCUUUUUGGAGGAAGUAAUUUCUGAACUUUUAUGUAAACUCCUCUAUGCAUUCUCACAUAAUUUCUUGGUUGCUGAAAACCCAGAUACAGUAAAAUUCAAAAUUACUGGCAUUGUUACAACAUUAGUAAAAUCAAUUGUUCUGGAGUUCACCACAUCAGAGAUUUUACUUGCAGAUUAUCUUGAUAAUGAUAUAUGUUUUUCAGAGAUAUAUAAAGAAAUGGUUCAAAAAACAGUCAACCAAAUUUAUGAAAAAAUAUUAGAUGAAUAUAAAUCUCUGAUUCAAGUAUACAGCACUAUACAAAGUGACACUAUUUGUUUUGGAAGGAAAAUAUAUCAUUUGCUGCUAGAAGAAAUUUAUGAAUAUCAGGUACAAUCGUUAGUUUCAGGAGAAUUAGUGUCUACUUCCUAUACUUCCCCUAAAGCUGAUAAUAUCAUCAGAAAAGUGCUAAAUGUCAUCUUGAAGGAUAGCUACACCUUCCCAUCAUGUGUUACUAUGCUGCCUCGCUCUCUUUUGCAAGAUAUAAUUUAUAAGCUUCUAGGGCAUUUCUUCCCUUCAGCUGACACUGAAAGCGAACUAAAAGAGGAAGAUGUUUCACCAGAUUAUAAGUUUGAGGAUGCAGCUUCAAAAUUGACUGAUGAAAUUAUCCAAGAAAUUUCUGAACAUGAAAUCCGUGUUGCCACAGCAGAAGACAAUGCAGAAAGUGUGCAGUUAGAAGUGAUUGAGAAUUUGGUUGACUCUAUAUGUAAUAAUAUCUUGAAAAAAUCCGAAUUUCAAGCUGAAGUGAGAAAAGAUGCAGACAAAAAAGGAGGCUCAUUCCUCAGUAAAAUAGCUGGUUUCAUUAUGAAGGAAAUCAUGGAUCAUCACCUGCAACCAUUUUUACUCGGUGAAGAAUCCUCUCGCAGUGAUGAUGACCAUGUCUCUGUACUCACCAAACCUGGUGAAGGAAAGGCACAGACUUCUCUAUAUUCAGCCACAUUUUUGGAAGAUUUAAUUGUUGACCUUGUUGGCAAAUUUCUUUCUCUUCCAAGUAUUACUGAAGAUUUUGAGAAAAAAGAAAUGCCAGAGACAGACAUUGUGGGCUUGGCUAUAAAAUUUGCAAACUCUCUGAUAGGAGAAUUUAGGAAAAAUGACAUUAAAGUUCUACCAAAUGCUGAAGAAAUGUUUGCUUUCCCACCAAUUGAUAAAGAGACAGUUGAUAAGAUAUCCAAUUUUGUGUACGAUCAAUUCAUAGGAAAGUAUGAGUCUAAUGAAAUUCAGAAGGAUGAUAAAAGUAACAGUGGAAUAGAAAUGAUUGUUAGUUUAGCCCAAAAGGCAAUCUCUGCUUUCAAGAUUCAACCACUUUUUUCAGGAGACUGGUCAUCCACCUUCUUUUCAUUUCUAAAUCCAGAAAACAUCAUGCAAAGGGUUCAACACCUAUCACAGAAAAGCCCCACACAGAAUAGAUGUGUAAAAGGAAACCCACUCACUUUUUCAGAGCAACCAUACAAGCGCACUUCUCCAACCUCAGACCAGAGAAACUUGUUAGACAUUUUGGGAAUACAUAGAAGUGUAAUGAGUAUAAAGAAAAGUUUCCAAACUGAGGAGACAUCUAUUAAAAAAGGCGACAUUCAAGAUCCAAAAGUCACUUCUAUAACUAGAACUGUGAAAGAGAACAUUGUUAACCUGUGUUCAAGAUCAGUUGCAGGUGUGACAAAUGAAAAGGAAGAGAACGACAGUACAAUGGCAACUUCAAUUAAAAAAUGUACUGGGACUGUAACAAAAGCUACAUCUCCAAAUACUAGUGUGAAAAGUGAAGAUACUCAGAAGCCAGAUUUUGGGGUAACACUUAAAGAUGAUGAAACUGAAAAGAAACAAAAAUUAGCUUCAAAAGACAAAGAGAAGCAAGGUAAUGAGAUACCCACACAAAUUCUAGGAGCCUCUGAUGAUAUGGCAUGUAAGGAAGAAAUACUUAGACCAGAUAUUGAAAAAAACAAUGAAAAGAAGAUUGGUAAAACAAAAGAAAAGUUAUUUCAAAAAGAAGAGAAGUCCUUCCAGUUAUUUUUGACACCCAAAGCAAGAAAUGCAGGGACAACAGAAACAACUAGGAAAACAGUAACCCGAGAGCCAAACAUUGAGGAGAGAAAAGACAAUCCACUUCUGAUAGAUAUAAAUGAGAGAGAGUGCUCAGCUUAUGAAUGUGUCCAAAAUAUCACUGAAAAUAUUUAUGAUAAUAUCUUAGAAUCACUUUCUAAGGACAGUUGUUCUCAAGAAUCAGUGGGUUAUUCAAAUCUUCAAAGUCCCUCAAGUGAGACAUUUUCUGUAAUUCAAGAGAUUAGCAAGGAUUUUAUACAGUAUGCUUCAAUAAAGGAUUUAUCCCCCUCAAUUAAUGAAAAUCUCCCUGCCAAAGAGAAUGAAAAAGAAAAAGAGAAAGAAAGAGAGCAUGAAAGAGAGAAAAAACAGAGAGAAAAAGACAGAGUGGAAGUUAAGGUGAUCAAAAAUGAUUCUACUAAACCAGACAGUCCUCAAGACCCAGCAGAAGAUAAACCUGGAAUUUUUCCUGCUAAUUUUUUAGAAGAUGUUAUCACCGAAAUGGUUAACAAAUUGAUUUUUUCGACCUCACCAGAAACACAAACACAUGAUCAGGGUCAAAAUGUGUGUGAUGACCAAAAUCAUGCUGAACUCUAUGACACAGCUAUGAAGCUUAUCGAUUCACUGUUAAAUGCGUUUUCAGAGGCUCAAAUUAAGGUAUUUAGGCCAAAUGAGGAAAAUCAGUGUUUUCCACCUGUAGCUAAAGUAUCAUCAGUUCCUAAAGUUUCUCACAAGCAUAAAGAAUCAACUACAGAUGAAGCAGCAUCUAACAUUAAGAAAAUAACUAUGGAUAAAAUGCCACACAUGCAUAAAGUGACUAAAAAUAACAUAUCUUUCUUAGAUAGAACACUAGCAAUAGACAAAACAUUGGUUAACAAAGUUGUCCACUCCUCUGUGUGCAAUAUUUUGAAGGAAUAUAGAUCUCAAGACUCCAUUUGUAAGAAUAUAAAGAGUAAUGGGGAAAACUUAGCGAGAAGACUAACUAGGGCAGUGAUAAAUGAAAUUUUUGAACAUCGACUUAAUUUGAUGUUUUGUGACGAGGUUCCAGCUUCAGCAUGUUUGCCUCUGGACUCUAAGGAUGUUGUCAAGAAGGUCCGAAAGGUGGCUCAAACAGCCAGUAAAGAAUGUCAAACAUCAUUACCAUACAGCAUCAUGCUGACUCAUGAAUUUUUAGAGAAUCUGAUUUCUGCUCUUUUAUCUAAAAUUUUCUGCAUAGUAUCCAAAACCAAAGUGGAUACAUCUGAGGGCAACUGGCUCACUGAACUCGAUUUCCUUCAAAUGAAGUUAUUAAGUACAGUCACAACAGAGAUCUCCAAAGAUGAAGAUAUGGUUAUUCAGUAUGUGGAAUCCUUACAUCCUAAUGAUGAUGAAAUUAUUCAAUUAGUGGUUCAUUCUAUUUAUAAUAAUCUCUUGGCACAGUUUGGAUCACAAGAGAUUAUACAAAAUUGUGUAGGGAGUGGCUGCAGAAUCAUUUCAGAAGCCAUAGUUGAUUUAGUUCUACGAGAGGUGGCUGGUAAUCAGUUGCAGAACUAUUUUUCCGGAGAGCUAACUCCACAUCAGUGUGCAGAAGUUGACAGUAUUGUUGAAAAUAUUCUUAAAGAUGUUAUGCAAACUACUGAUGCUCCCCAGCCUCGGCCAUCACAUGCUCAUAUACUGCCUUAUGACGUAAUAGAAGAAAUUGCUGUAAAAUUUUUAUCAAAGCUUUUUUACAUGUUUCCAAAAGUGGAUAAAGAAAGAAACAAAUCUCUAGCAACUGAAAUGCAAAACAUAGUCUCAAAAGUGUUAAAUUCAAUACAAGAAUCUAUCUCAAAAAGUAAGAUUAAACUUGUACCACCAGCCAAGGAAUUGCCUACUGUUACUUUAGCUGACAAUGCAACUAUUGAAAGAGUAGUUAAUUCUGUGUAUACCAGUGUUUUAAACCACUAUGGCUCACAUACUUCUAUAUUCAAAGAUUUAAUGGGAAAGAGCAAUGUCCUCCCUGAUAUAAUAGGAUUUUUAGUGGUGAAGGAAAUUUCCAAUUCUGAAUUUCAAACUCAAGUAAAAGAAGAAGUACCAAGUUCAGAAUCAAUUCUGGAAGCUGUCAAAAUUAUGGAAAAAGUGGUCAAAAUUGUUGAUGAAUUGAAGUCCCAGGAAAAGUCUUCAUCUGGAAAGUGUUCUACGUUAGAUGCCACAUUUUUGGAGGAAGCAUUGGCCUUAUUCUUGGCAAAAAUAAUAAGGUUGCCAAGUGCCUCAAGCAAAUAUGCAAAACACUUAUCAAAGCCUGAGUUAAAUAAAAUUGCAUCUCAACUGACAAAAUCAGUGACAGCUGAAAUUUCCAAAAGUAAUAUUAGUCUUGUUGCUGCUGAUUCUGAAGAACAGUUUUUAAAUACAGAAAGUGUAGAAAUUAUUUCUAAGGUUAUUGACUCUGUUUAUAGUAAUGUGCUGCUUCAAUCUGGAAGCCAUAAAGACCUUUACUAUGAUAUAAAAAAUAAAAACAAAGUCUUCCCUAAAAAAGUGGCUAGUUUAAUCAUUAAUGAAGUUUCAAACUUUCCAGUAAAUACAGAUGACUCAAAGAAUUCAAAUGUUGAUCUCUUUAGAGAUCUAGAUAUUAAUAAAAUUGUUGAAAAGGCAGAAGACCAUGCCUUUAAAGUGAUCCCUGACAAAGAGAGAGAAGAGUUAAAUCGAAGUUCAACUGGAGAGGAAAUGCCAGUUAAAAUAGUUCCACAUAUUGGGAAUAAACCACUCAAAAUAGAUCCAAGCAUUAUUGCAGACCACUUAGCAGUAAUUUCUAUAAAAACUCAACCUCUUGAGAAACUUCAGAUGGAGUGUUUAAAAAACACUGGACAUAGCAUAGCAGAAGUGAGAAGAGCAUCAAUAGAUGGGAGAAGUUACUCUUCAUCAGACACAUAUAAUAUGAGAAAGAUAAAGAAAGAAAGGCGUCCUUCAUUGAGUAACACAGGACGACUGAAUAUGAAACCCUUAGAGAUUGUUUGCAGAAAUUCAUUUCCAAAUAUAAGGAAGCCAGAUAUCACCAGGGUGGAGCUUUUAAAAGAUGUUCAGAACAAAAAAGAUCUUCUCAUUCGAUUAGUAGCUCAUGAUAUUGAAGAUGAUUCAGAAAGUAGCCUGAAAGAGGAACUAUCGUCUGAUGAAUAUGAAGUUGUUUUAAAAGAGGUUAUUAAAGAAAAAUUCUCAGGAGAACAAUUUGAAAAUCAAGUGAAAGAAACCACAAAAACAAAUACUGUAAGCACUGAAAGAAGCUCAGAUCAUCUAAAAGAACAUAAAGAGAAAGAAGUUAAAAGAUCUGUUGCUGAGCUUGAUAUGCCCACCUGCUCAAAAACCAUAGCUGUAACAGAAUCUUCUAUGGAGAAAAAGCCACAGCAGAAGGAAAAAGAAAAAAUUAAUACUAGUGAACCAACAUAUUACCUCAUACACAGAAUUAUGAGUUCAUCUUCAUACAACCAAGAAGAUCUGAUUUCAUCUGCCAGUGAGACUGAAGAUUGUACUCCAGAUACACAUGAUAAUAUAUCAGAAGGAACUCCCAAGGCCAGUAUGUCCAAACAAAGAUCUAAAGUGCUGUCAAAGGUAUCUUCAGCUCUGUCAAAGGUGUUUUCUCGAACUAACACUGGUAUUUCCAAAUCUUCAUCACAACCUCACCAGGACAAACACUAA